CAACCCCACACCUGUGCCAGCAUCACUUCCUGUGGCCUUGCCGCUGCCAGCACCACUUCCUGUGGCCUUGCCGCUGUCAGCACCACUUCCUGUGGCUUUGCCGCUGCCAGCACCACUUCCUGUGGCCUCCCCAUCAUGGAGUGCCCGUUCUACAUCUCCUGAUGUAGAUGAAGACACUUGUGGAUCUCAAGCAACUGAUGCAGUUGAUGAGCAGCAUGGUGGACUCAACAUCAAUCCCUGAUGCCAACCAAAUGAACAUCCGGCGAGACAGCGUAUUCGAGUGUGCGCUCAGAGGUUUUCGGCGGACACGCUUUAACCCUGAGGCAAAAUUGGACGCUGUCUUCAGGGACGCUGAUGGAAUUUGAGAGGGGGCAGCUGACGAGGGUGGGCCCACGAGGGAGUUCCUCUGUCUGCUGAUGAGUGCCAUCCACUCAUCUGAUAUAUUUGAGGGACCAGACUGGGAAAAAUCCCUUUCCUGCAACUCUCAAGCACUCUAUGAUGGCGUGUACAAACAGGUGGGAAGAAUGAUUUCUGUCUGUCUGGUACACGGGGGUGUAGAGCCACAGUUCUUUUCAGAACGACUUUACAGGCAAGUCUGUGGCCUACAACCUCCUGUCACAGACAUAGCAGAAAUCAAUGACUACAACUUCCGGGAAAAGUUGACCAAGGUACAAAUAGCACAAACUGUGGACGAGGCUCAUGAAGCGGUGCUGGAGGCCUCUGAUGAACUCUCUAUGUUGGGUUCAGUCCGAUAUAUGCAGACCUUGGAGGAGAGGGAUGCCUUGGUGGAAUCUGCCACCAAGUUCUACCUGGAAAGCAGGCUACGGGAUGCUGUUGAGCAGUUCAAAGAGGGUCUGGAGUGUCUUAGUCUCCUCCUGAUUGCAACCAGACACCCAUCCCUCUUCAGAGAGGUUUUUAUCCAUGUAGAGAAACCUCUAUUAGCCAAAGACUUGGCUUCUCUUUUUGUGCCGGAACUCUCCCCUGCUGGCAGCAACAAGAGAACAGUGGAGAGUAGGACCAUAUGUUUUUGGAGAGAUAGGUUGCUGGAGGUGGAAGGUUAGACAAAACCAGAAUUAAA